AUGGGUGUGAGAGGAUUACUAUCUCACUGUGUACGCAACAUUUCGACACUUGGAAUUGAGGUUGAUUUAGUUGCAGAAGCUGAACAUAGAGGGGGACUUAAGUUGUUGGUCGAUUUUACAAACUUCCUGUUUAAGCUGGAGACGUAUGUCAUACAUUUUCUGCAGAUUCGUAAUUCCGAUGUCAGUUUGACAUACCUGUAUUUAUACGGUGGCGAGUAUGAUGUCAUAGAUAUUCUCGUGCAGAGGUAUGUCAAAAUACUGCGUCAGCAAAACAUUGAACUUGUGUUUUUCCUUGACGCAAGCCUUGGGACUGACAUCGAAGGCUUCAAUGCCAAAUUUGAAACCAAUAAGGCACGCAGUAAAGAGAACUAUGACUCCAUCGUUGAUAUCAGUCAUGUUUGUAAUGGUUACAAGGGUUCUGAAGUUGGAAUGGUCAGAGUUAGUUUAUCAUUGCUAGCGAAAACACAAGUCAUCCGAACACUACAAUCCCUAAAAGUGGAGCUUUGUUUCUCAGAAAUGGAAGCAGAAUCUACUAUUAUGCAAUAUAUGAAGGCCAACGAAGAGGCAUUUGCUAUCCUGGGAGCUGAUAGCGAUUUCUGCCUCAUGGAUGGCUCUAACUUCAUCAUUAUGGGAAAUGAUAAUGACAAAGAGACUUUUGAUGUGACAGGAGAGUUCACAAAGAGUCUGUUGUGUGGGAUGAAGUCACCAAAACUGGAAGAGCUGAUUUGUUAUAUGAUAACACCUGAAAAGUUGGUGGAAUCAUUUGAGCUGAGAGACCGACACGAAUUAAUAGAAGUUGCCAUUCUAACAGGAAGUGACUUCACAAAGCCUUUCAUCGAAAAAUAUGAACAACAGAAAUUCUUCAAUCAGAAUGUGGAGGGUUACAAAAAGUUUGCAAAUGGUGGAACGGUUGAAUCUAUCCCUAUAAUAGCAUCUCUCCUGACCAAAGACAAAGAAUUCAAAGAGGCCAUAGAAUAUUCUAGAAGAUUCUACAACAAUGAACUGAUUGAGCCCGCAAGCACACAAAUCAAACCUCCUUCUCUUCUGUACUUAGAGGAUAAUGUACAAAGAGGCAACUUUGACACAGUAGUCCUUAGUUGGUACAACAAAGUAUACUGGAAGUUUAUUAGAGUGGAGGAUAUGAGUCCAAAAAAGGUCUCAUCAUAUCACAUCACCGAGAACAUCCGAAAAUAUCUUUACGCCAUUGUGACGGAAAGAAGAAAGGUCGGAAGUGAACUCUGUGUAAAGGAAUAUGGUCGUACAGACUCAGAAUUAUUUGCCAUUAAAAAGGUGUUCUAUGGCGAUCUACAGGGGAAGGUCCCAUCUGCUGUUGACAUAGCAACCAUGAGUGUUAGUGAACGUCAACACCUGUUUGACACUGUGAUGUCACAGUCAGAGAACACGCUGGCAGAUGGCAUAAAUCACAACUACUUUACCAAAUAUGGUCCCAAGACAGCUUUCAAAUGUUACAUCGUCCACUAUCUAAUCAUUGCCAGCAAAAAUCCACAGUCACAUUUGACGUUUGAUGUAACAGAACUGAUCGCCAUAGUGAUGAUGAUGUUUUGUCCGAAGCAAAAUUUCAUUGCCUAUGAGGGUAUACCCAGUAUUCGCUGUCUGAGUCUCAGUACUUUACUACAGGUAACUUACAACUUCAGUGAGAUACUUGCAAGUUUGCUACUUCUGCCAGAUAUCAAGCCUAAUCCACGAGAUAUCUUCAUUGGACGUGCUUUUGUAGAUUUUUACAUGACGUUCGUAGAGACAGGGGUGUCUCAAGAUAUGCUUCCCCAGCCUGUACAGGACAUAUACCUGGAUUUGAUCAACAGUAACACAUUACUGACAGAAUCCGACAGGAAAGUGUUGCAGAUUCCUUCUAAGACAUUGGAAGGAUCCUUUGAAGUUAAAACACCACGUCACACUCCUCAGCUGUCAACCUCAGAAUGGGAGGAGUCAGAUGACAUUCCCGACCCUCAAUUUAUUGAACCGCAAAAUCCUGAUGAAUUACCCAUAAUGCGUUUCCGUGACGAGAUCAUCUCACACUUGAAGACGCAUAGAGUUGUGUGUAUAGAGGGUGAGACAGGAUGUGGGAAGAGCACAAAGGUUCCACAGUUCAUCUUAGAUGAUUAUAAGCAGAAUCCCUUGGAGUAUGUCUGCAAGCCUAAUAUCAUAGUAGCUCAGCCAAGGCGUAUUGCUGCAUGUACACUUGCAGAACGUGUUGCUUCUGAGCGUGGAUGCGCAAUUGGAACUGAGGUUGGCUACAAAAUUGGUCAGGAUUAUACAGCCAAUGAGACCACUUCGCUAUUGUUUGUCACUACAGGAUAUUUGAUACAGAGGCUGGUCCACAACCCUAACAGCUUCAAAAAUCUAACCCACAUCAUUCUGGAUGAAGUUCAUGAAAGGGAGUUAGAUUCGGAUCUACUCAGCCUCAUUGUCAAACUGCUUGCUCUGAACCACAAACGCGUAAAGGUUGUGAUAAUGUCAGCAACUAUACAAGGGGAUCUCUUCAUCAGGUACUUUACAACCGAUGAGGAGCUUGCAAAUAUGACAAAAAAAUCAGUAUUUGUUGGAGCAAAGAGAUUCCCCGUUGAGGAAAUCUACUUGGAAGAUAUCUAUGAACAGUUCAAGUCAGAGUUGAAUCCCUCUCAGUUAUGCAGCCUUGCGGAAAACAUAAGCCAGUUUAACCGCACGUCUCUUGCUAAGUACUAUAAUGGCGAAGCAGUUGCCAAAAAUGAGGAUAUGGAAUGCCCCUGGACCUCAGGGUGUGAUACCCCUGGACUUCAAGGAUGUGGUGCCCCUGGACUUCAGGAUGUGAUGCCCCUGGACUUCAGGGGUGUGAUGCCCUUGGACUACAAGGGUGUGAUACCCCUGGACUUCAAUGGUGCAAUGCCCCUUAACUUCAAGAGUGUGAUACUGUUUUGUUUCAGAGAGAGGAAUGCCAAGAUUAAGACCUUGGUGACUGACCUAGUAAACCGCAAGAUCAUGACAAGUCAAGCUCUUAGUAAACAAGCUAGUAAAGCAAAUGGAAAUGUACUAAUUGCAGCCAUGAAACAGCUGACAAUAUCUUUGAUAAAGGCAUCAGUCACCCCUGGAGAGUCAAUCCUCAUGUUUCUACCAGGUUACAUGGACAUUGACAUGUUUUAUGAGAUGCUGGCUCCUUAUGAACAGAACUCAAGAUGGAAGUGUCCCAUCUGCAUAUUUGCACUCCAUUCUAUGAUUCCGUUUGAGGAUCAGUUAGCAGCCUUUAAGCCACCAUCGCCUAAUGUCUGCCAUAUUUUCCUCGCAACAAAUGUCGCAGAAAGUUCUCUUACGUUGCCCAAAGUGAGGCUGGUCAUUGACUUUGGCUGGAAAAAACAAAAUGUCUACAAACCCGAUAGAAAGAUGACAGUAUUAGAGGUGGUUCGAUGUUCUAAAGCCUCUUUAAGUCAGAGAAAAGGACGUACUGGGCGUGUGUUUCCAGGCAAGUGUAUCAGGAUGUUCACAAAGGCCUUUUGUGACACUCUCCCAUUGUUUGAUAUGCCACAGAUGCAGAUUGCCCCGCUUGAUAAGCUUGUUCUGGAGAUCAAAUUCAUCGGGAACAAGAUAUUGCCAGGAGCUUCGCCUACAGAGAUCCUGUUAAAAUCUGUUGAACCUCCUCCAGUACACAGCAUCAAGAGUGCAGUACAGAUGCUACAUGAUGUAGGAGCACUUGAAGAGAAUGACGAGAAUUCCCACGUCACCCUUCUGGGCAAUGUGUGUAUGAGGAUUCCUGUAGACAUUGUCCUGUGCAGGCUUAUCCUAUAUGGCGUCCUCUUCGGAUGCCCCUGUGAUACCAUAAUCAUGGCAGCUGCCCUGCAGUGCAAGGAUCCGUUCAACAUGCCAACAAAAAAGGUGCAAAAAAUUGACUCUAAAUUUGUAGAAUCACUGAAUCGUAGCACCCAUGCCCGAUCUCACUGGGACGAUGGUAAUUACAGUAUACCAAUCAUGUUUCGCAAUCUAUAUGUGCAAUGGUUGAGGUUUGUAAAAUACAAAAUGGUGUCAGUAGCUGAUCUUGCCAGUGAAGCAAGAGGUAGAGUAAGGUGGUCGGUUCUUGAUGUGAAAAAGAAAUUUUGUCAUGAAAAUGCUGUCAGUCAAUCGAGGUUGAAUGUCUUUGAGAAUCUGGUCAAAGAUCUCACAAAGAAUGUUAAGACCAUGUUGUCCCCACAUUCUGACAUGAGGCGAAAGCUCAUUCUAUUUCAGCAAAGCCAGGCACAUGGUAAAAAGUGGAACAAACAUGGUAGGAUUUUGGAGCCAGAGGAUACAGAUAAAAGAUGGCACCAUGUAGAUGAAAACCCUUUGACCUUUGACAUGCUGUUCUGCGAGGACAUCUGUAUUUUGAAUGCAGCAUUAGCGGCUGCUCUUAAUCCAGCUUAUGUGAUGGGGUCUGUCAAGGGAUUAAGCAGUAAGGAUGAAAAGAAAAGAAAGCACCUUAAGGAAAAGGUCAAUAAAAGUGGAUGUGACUCCAAAACAACUGUUGUUAUGAAAGAUGUACCAGAUUGGUUCAUUGAAAGUCCAAGUGAAGUCAUAAAAACAGUUAUUUGUGGGAUUACACGUGCUACAAAUGUAGCUGUUGCAGAAGGCAAUUGUAUUGUUGUUGAACAUGGAAAAAGCAUUCCACAAAACAAGGAACCAACCACUUAUGUUAUACCAAGUAAGAGGACACAACAAAAGAAAAAGGUAAUUCAAAAUGAUAUCCCUAGUGAAGCGCACAUGCUGUUCAAAUUUAGUGAGGAUAAGAAUACAUUUUCUAUCCAGAUAAGUGAGCAUACUAAGAAAAGGUUCAAUAUACCAGAGGACGUAGUGAUCCUGUCUAAACCUGAAUCACCAUACCAACUGAAGUGGAACCUAUUGAGUGCGGGAGGAAAGGGUCUGAGGACCAGAGAUUCUGGAUUUAAGGCUGUGCCAAGCUGGAAGGAUCCGAUUGGAUUUGCAUGUGACACUGAAGAGAAGAACUACCUUGGGGUGGUGUACAAUUAUGUAGCCUGUGGAAGUAAACGUGCUUGGGUAGAUGGUUUAUCUGUCUUCCCUAAUGACUCCAACAACCUCAUAGCGAUUGUCUUCAUCCUUGCUUUUCAACCUGACUUCCAUGGGAUGAAGUUCAAUAUUGAUUCCCUUAACAGGAGGAUCACCUCUGUGACUACCUUCAGGUAUGAAUUCAAAUUCACUGAAGAGUUUCCUCUGACGAUGAAACUGUUAUCAUUGAUUAAUGAUCUCAGAGCUGAGGUGAAUAAGGUGUAUAGGGUGGAUUGGAGUAUCUCUGAUGAGAUCAUACCAGGCAACAAAGCUUGUAUUAUACUGCACAAACUUCUGAGGGAAGCAAAGAAACCAAGUGCUAGUCAAGCUGCAACUUCUAGUCAACCUAAGGGAGCUGAGUGCAGUCAAGGUAACAACAACACUUUAGAUGAUGAGGACAGUUCCACAAAUGAGGCAAACAAUGUCAAAACUAAAAGUGGGAAAAAGAAAAAAGGGACGACCAUUGUCAUAGAUGGCUUCAGAGAUAGUUCAGAGAACAAUGAACUAGAAAUAGAUGAAAGCAAUGCUAUGGAUGACUCACAAAAUGAUAAUCCUAGAGGGUUCAAUUUCUUGCAUCCCUACAGAAUGGACUUACUAGAUGAUGCAACAGUCGAGAGAGAACUGAAGCUUCAGAGUGGCAAAGUCACCAAAGAGAAGUUGGAUGCACUUGCUGAGUUAGCAGAUGAUGAUGAUGAAUCUGAUACAAGUACUUCAGAUACUGAUGCUGAUGAACGUGUAUUCAGAAUGGAUGUAGAGGACUUCAAACAACGGGUUGACAUGUUUAUUCAAAACAAUGGCACGGCAGCCAUGUCUGUUAUACAAAAAGACAAAGGUUUGAGUCAUGGGAUGCAGCAACUGCAGGUUGAAUGGCAGUUCUCAUGGAGGGACUACAUGAAGUUGUUCCAACAUGAAUACAACAUCACAAAAUCUCAUGAGGGCAUUAUGCUUCAAGUAAAGGCCAAACAGAAGCUGAUUUCCAUUGAGGAUGAGAUGCAGCUAAUGAUUCAGCAUAUCCUCGUGAACAAGGGAACAAACAGCUUCCUGGAGGUGAUUCUGAAGGAAGAAAGGAUGGCAGUCUUAGUAGAAACUGCAGAAAUUCUGAAUGGAGAUAAAAUUGACUGGUCAGUUUUCUUGACUUGUUAUGAAGAUGAUCUCGACUGUGAACUUGAGGAAGGUCAUCCAGAGUUGAGUGUUUUGCAUCCCCCUUUGAGUGUUGAUGCUGAAUGUCAGAACUUACCUUGGCAAUUUAACUUUGCUGUUAUUGAGCUGAGAAAGGAUAUCUGCACAUCAAUACAGAAAGCUACAAAGGUGAAAGUUGAUGAAAUCAUGGAAAAUUCUCAACUAAAUAAUAUUCUGACUGAGAUUGAAAUAACCAUGGAACAAUUCAUUGAAGAAAACCAACACAUAUGGACUGUGGAGAAAAGUUUUAACCUUGAAGAUUGGAUUCUUACCCUUGGGCCUGAUCCAGAUAGAGUUUUAGUAGGCACCACAAAUGAUGCAAACAUAAACGAUGAUGUCAUAGUUGAGAGAUAUUAUGAUGAAACUGAACCCCCUGAUGAAAAUCUCAUUAAAGCCUGUAUUAAGUGCCUCAAGUCGAAUAAAGAAGAAUACAUGAGUUUCGGUGACAUCUUCAAGGAUAUGCGGGGUAACACUUUGGCCGAUAUUGACAAAACAAGUGCAAAAAAAUUACUUAGAGAAGUACUUGAUAAACAUCCUGAGAUAUUCUGCCCUGUUAAACUCUUCAAAAGUCUAAAGAUAGGAGAUUUGUAUGGGCUUGUUCAUAAAUUCAGGAAUGGAUCUGAACUUGAUGAUGAAGAUGUCAAUCAAUGCAGACAGAUGCCUGAAGAAGUACUUAAGAUUGAAAUGGAAAUGUGUGAAAAGAUCCGUUUGUUGGCAGUAGCACUAAAAGAUGACUACAUGCUUCUUUCAGGUCUGAGCCCAAAGGAAAAAGUUGAUGCUACAAAAAAUUUGAAAAAGCUUGUCAAGAAACGUCUACAGUAUAGCAGUGUUGCAACUGACUUUACUUGGAAUAACUUCCUCAUUAGGAACUCUGAAGCCCUAUCAGUAUGUAAAACUCUGAAUGGCAAGAUGUUUAUUAAAUGCCACACGGGCAAGUGUGAGACACCAAAGAUAGAUGCAGAAGUAGAGCAGCGUAUUGUUGAUGCCUGUGAGGCAUUUCUGAGAUCAUCUGACAAAGACUUUAAAACAAUAAAUGAGUUCGACAGUGAGGCUGGAGUAAUAUAUGCAAUGCAGGAUUUCAACCUCAGUGGUCAGACUUCCAAACAAGUGUUGGAAGCUGUGUUGAAAAGGCAUCCUGAUAUAUUCAGCCCUAUUUACAUACCUGGUGUAUCUAGUUCAGAAAAAGUGUAUGGUUUGAAAUCAAUAUUUGACAAAUCAAUCAAGACACCUCUAAGUGAACCAACAACUGAAACAUCAGAUGUAAACCUUUACAGACUGAUAGAAAUGGAUAUUUGUAUAGAAAUACAAAAGCUGAGUAAAGGAAAUUAUUUACUCCUCACUGAACCAUUUGAAAUCAUAGGCAGAGAAAAACUAACAAAACUAGUGGAGGAGAGAAUGUCCGUUUGUGAUGAGUUUGGGUUCACCUGGCACAGCUUUUUCAGUAGACACAGAGAUGCUUUUUGCCAAGUUGCUACACAGAGAUAUGCCUAUGUCAAGAGUGUUGAGAAAGCAGAGAAAUCACCAAUGUGCAACUGCCUUGUAGAAUCAACAAGGUACAUUGUUUGUGACAAUGAUGAAACUGACCAAGCCAUGGAUCAACGUUUCAAUUCAACCUUUCACAAGUCUCAGGAUCCAGGUCAACCUGUGAAACCUUCUUCUUGUGUGGAUAUGAAAUCUGAUGAUGAAGAAGUUAUCAAAGUUGAACAUGAUGAGGUUGAGGAAAGCACUCAGUCUGAUGGAUCGCAGGAUACAAAAGCACAUAAGAGGAGGAGGCAAAGGGGAGGCCAAAAAAAGAAAAACAAUCAAAAUGUUUCAUCACAUGAAGAUUUGAGUUUGGUUAUAGCUGAAGGCUCUGGCAGUCAAGAGCCUAAUGUUGGAAACACAUUUAGUCAGGAGUCAAAGACCAAAUUAGCAGAAGCUAUUAGUGAAGAUGUCAAACCUCAAAUUGAUAUGAUAAAUGAGUCAUCAAGUCAAUUGGAUCAGUCUGAAGAAUUUUUGCAAAUUGAACAGAAAAUGUGUGACUGUAUUUGUAAAAUCUUGGAGAGCUGUCCAGAACAAAGAAUGCCUUUGGGAUCUGUUUUCAAGUCUCAAGAUAUCCAGUCAUUGAAAUUGAGGUUUGCAACAGUGAAGAAGUUAAAACCAAAGAGUUUCAUCCAGAAAUUUCCUUCGUUGUUUGAAAUUAUCCAAAUUGACAGUGAUACAACAAUUGUUCUGAAAUCCGAACAUAAAAUAGAAUUUAAUAGAAAGGGAAAUAAUAGUGAACAUAGUUUAGAGGAUAGUCCUGAUGCAAUACCAAUAGAAACUACCGAUGUUGUUAAAGCAAACACUACAAUUGAUGUCAAAGGAGAAACUGAUGAAUCUGAAGGAUUUUCUGAUCAAGCCCAGGAUUUAACAAGAAGUGCAAAAAGGCGGAUGAAGCAAAGAGAGAGAAGGAAUAACCUUAAAGGUGUAUCACAUGAAGAUUUGAGUUUGGCAGAACAGAAAAUAGUAACCAAAGACAAAGAACAUGGCAGUGACCAAUGUGUAGAAGAUCCACUUAGCUUAUCACCGAUAAAGGCCAAGAGUAUCUCAAAUCUUACCACAGAGAAAGAAACAUCUAAACACAAAAUGCAAAAUGAUGAAAACAAGGCCUUACAAAUAGAGCAACAAUUGUGUAACUUAAUACACGGUGCCUUAAAGCAGUGUCCAAACAAUAGAAUGGCACUGACACAUAUAUUUGAUGAUCCAUCGAUAAACGAGUUGAAGAAAAGAAGACAGGAAUAUCCAGAACCAUUCAAAGCAAAAUCUUUCAUCCAAAAAUAUUCUAGUAUGUUUGUUUUGAAAACGGUUGGCUUGACCGAUUGUGUAGGUUUACGGAGUGAAACCAGUGCUGAUACAACUGUGAAAGUGUCUCUUAAAGAGCAACAAAACAAACUGGAUAUAAAACUACGGGGGAAAUACAAAGAAAAUUCUAAACCAGAAGUUGAAACUAUACACCCAGAUAAAGAGACCAAAGUAGAAUCAAAGCAUACUGGUGAUAUUGUGAAAGCUAAAAGUCGAGCAGAUGAGAACAACAUGGUAUCGAAAGCUCUUCAACUUGAACAACAAAUGUGCAAUGACAUUAUUGGUGCACUAAAGCUAGCACCAGAACAAGAAUUGAUGAUGACAACAGUAUUCCAGAUCCCAGGUAUAGAUUUACUCAAAAAGAAAAGGAAAUCAUGUCCAGAACCCUUCAAGCCAAAAUCUUUCAUUGAAAGUUAUCCAAAUGUGUUUAUGUUGACCUCAGACGAGUAUGGUCAUGAUUAUAUCUCACUUAUUUCCGAGACAAGUGAUAUAAUUCCAACAACAAAAACACAUAUAAAGCCAGUGGGGAAAAGUCUUAAAUCAGGGUCUGUAGUUCCUGAAGGUAAAUCAAAAGCAGUUCAGAUAGAGAAACAAAUGUGUGAUGAGAUAUGUAAAGCAUUGCAAGAAACUAGCAACCAUAGCAUGCGAAUGUCCCAGUUGUUUACCAUUGAAUCUAUUGCAGUUUUAAAGAAAAAAAGAGUUACAUGUGAGGAAGCAUUCCAGCCAAAGCUGUUUCUUGAGCAAUAUCCAAAUUUAUUUGAGAUAAAGUCUCUGAAAUCUGGUUGUGGAUGGGAGUUUGUUUACCUGAAAUCUAAUGUUUAUCACCAAGACUCAAAGGCCUCAUCUAAACUUGAGAAGCAUACAAAAAGCCUCAAAGUUAGAGAGACAAGCACUCUUGUAUCAAAUGAUUCCCGAAACGUUCCCCAAGCUUCAAUAAAACUUGAGAAACAACUGUGUACACAAAUCACCAAAGCUAUAGAAUCAAGUCCAUUUGGAUACAUUACAAUGUCAAAACUUUGCCAGGUAUCUACAGUUGCUCCAGUUAUAAAAGAAAGGAAGAAGUACAGUUUACCUGAGCCAUUCAAAUUGAGGACAUUUUUAAACAAACAUUCUAAACUUUUUAGGAUGGUCCCAUCACAAUGUAAAGAUGAAGAUUGUGUGACACUUGUGUACCCUGAUUUGCAACAACCAAAAGCAAAGGAUAAAACAUCAUUGAAAGAAAAUAAACAAAGUGUUGAACAUGGUCAGAAAGUUGUCAAGACAGUAGAAAAGGCUCAACCUUCAGUGAAAAGUACUUCAGUGAAAAGUACUAAAUCUUCAGACAAAAUACACCACAAUUCAUAUGCAGCUGCAGCUGCAAUAGAAAAAGCUGGACCAAAUAUUGAGGAUUUUGGUGAGCAAGACAAACUGAUCAUAACUAAGAAAUGUGAAACAAUGAUUCAGGAGCCACAAAAGAAAUACAGCGGAAUGAGGGAAAAAGCACAGCAAACAAUUGAACAACAUGAAAGGGAACUUCUUGCUGUGAUAUUCCAGUUCCUUCUUGAAGCUGUUGAUCAGAAAACACUUUUUGAAAAUAUACCAUGUAUACCUGAUGUGUAUAAUUCUAUCCCAAAGAUGAACGAAAUUGGUGAGACCUGUGACUAUGUAUUUAGUUGGAGUGAUUUUCUGGUGAGACACUUGCACAUAUUUAGUUUGAAAAAUAAUUAUGGUGCUGCAUACAUUUACCUGAAUGAAACUGCAACUUCUCAGAUGACUCUUUCGGCUACGAUUGAAGGUGUUAAUAGAGGUGUUGUUGAGAAAAUUGUAAGGAAGGUCAUGACUGAUAUGAUAACAAAACCAGAUCAAAAUGAAAUCAGUCUCAUGAAUGUCAUUAGAGAUGUAAGAGUAAAAGCGAUUUUUCCUGGUAAAGAUCCAGAGCAGCUGCAUUGGUCUUUAUGGAAUACAUUUGAAAAGAUUCGAUCUGAAUUGGGUUUACUGUCAGAUAUAAGAAAAGAUGAGAGACGUAGGGCUCAACUACAAAAAUACAAAGAUAUAACAGACUCUGUCAUCAAAAUCCAACAAGAACGUGGAAUUGAUAUUGUUGACAAGACACCAAGCGCUUCUGGACAUGUUACUAUGGAACCAUCUGUGUUAGAUCAGUCUCUUGUUUUGAUUCAAGGAGUUGAUGAAAGUGAAAUCAGGGAGACUAUUAGAGAUGUCAUAACUGAUAUGAGUAGAGAAAAACCAGAUUCUGUUGUUCAUCUUUCAAAAGCCAUUCGUGAUAGGCGAAUAACAAACCUUUUUGAAAAUCCAAAUGUCAAAGCAAUCCGCGACUCCUUGAAGCCAGUAUUUUUGUCAGUCCGAGAUGAAAUAGCUUCUGUAUCUGAUAACUGUGAAACAACAUCAAGCAAGUCACCUACAACUCCAAAUGAUACCAAUGAUUCAGUUGCAGAACCCUCAAAACCAAACACACUUAAACAAACCUCAAUGAUCGAAGGAAUUGAUGCAUGUUUCAUUAAGAAGACCAUGGGAGAUGUAAUGACUGAUAUGAGAAAACAAAAGAAAGGUUUCAUUAACAUUGAAAAAGUUCUUAAAGACAAAAGGAUGGAAGCACUUUUUCCUGGAAAACCUAUAAAAGUAUUGAGAGAUCUAUUAUGGAGCAUAUUCAGAGACCUUCUGACUGAACUGGGCCUAAUGGAUACUGAACCCAUACCUAAAUGUCCUAAGCCUAUAACACAUGAAUUAUCAGAUGAUAUAAAGGCAAACCCUGUAAAGAAAACAUCAAGUUCCAAAGAAAUUAGUCCAAGUGAGGAUGUAACAGAAGCUGCACAAGCAGAGGUUCAACAAUUAGAAAAGGACUUGCUUCUUUUCAUAUAUACAAAACUGUCAGAGUGUGCAGAUCAAAAAGCAGGAGUUGGCUCAAUAUCAAUAAUUCCAGGUGUGCUAGAUUUAUUGCACAAAUUGAGCAAUGUUGGUAAGAGCUGUGGCUAUAGUUUUAGCUGGAAAGAUUUUCUGGAGAGGCAUUCACACAUUUUCAACCUUGGGAUUGAUUAUGAUGGAAUAAUGCACAUUCAACUGAUAUCACAAAAGGAUAACCAAAGUGGAGCCAGAUGUUCAGUUGAAGGAAUGACAGGCAAAGAAGAAACCAUGACACCGGCAAAUACAACCGGUAUGAUUGAAAGUGUAGAGUCUAGUCAAGUGCAGAAAUGUUCACUUGGAACAACUGCAACUCCAAAUGAAAUAAUGACCAAUGAUGCACAAAAGCUACAGAGAAACUCAAAUGAUUCAGUUGCAGAACUCCCAAAGGCAAGUAACACAAAGGAGUCUUCUGCAACAAUUUUGGGAAUUGAUGUAAGCGUCAUCAAGAAGGCUUUAAGAGAUGCUAUAGCUGAUUUAAGAAAAGAAACACAAGGUCGAAUAUAUAUUCAGAAGGUUUUUAAAGAUCAAAGAAUACAGGAACUUUUCCCUGGGAAAGGCAAAAAGGUAUUAAAAGAUGCCCUUUUUGACACAUUUAAGAAACUUCUGAAUGAAAUGGGUCUUAUGGAUAUUGAAACAAAACCAAAAGUUCCAGAACCAAAAGUUCCAAAGGGACAAAUCAGGGACCAACAUGUUACAAAAAGCAAUGACAAUCUUCCUACCUCAGAUAACAUAGAGGAACUUCAGAACACAUUGUUAAAAUACAUUGUAGAAUGUCCUCCUGAUGAAAUGCUUGUCCUAAACACAGUUGCUGAAUUCCCAUCAGUAAAAAGAAUUCUUCAAACUCUACCUGGCCAUAGCCUGAAAAAUCUAGUUCUGAAGAUGCCCAUGUUUCUAACCAGGCAGCAUCAAGAUUUGAUCCUGUAUGGACUUGUAGAAGGCUUUUCUACUGAACACCAGCAAGCUACGUUCCAGCCCCCAUUGAGCUAUCUAUAUGAAGCUGUUCACUCCAUGAUACAGAGCACCAAUGGUGGAUGUGUCACACUUCAGGAGUUAUACUCCAACCCUGUCAUAAAAGGCCUGAAGAGAGUUAUUGAAGCUGACUCAGUUGAGUUUACUCUGGAGAACUUCAUUCUGGAAUGCUCAUAUCUUAAGCUGAUACACUACUCUUCAGAUAAUUCUAUGGACAUGGGUGAUGGGAUGGUAAUAAGUUUGCCAACUUCUUAAUUAAAACCUUUAGAGGUCUGAACAUAGAAUGAACUCAAGACGAAAAUUAGUGAGAGAGCUUAUGUGAAGAUUUUGCCAAAAGGACCAGUAUAUAUCAUAGGGGCCAUACAAAUUGUCUGUGAUAUGAACUAACAUGUAGGCUAUUAUAUGCAGAAUAUAUAUGUUUUCAAUACUAGUGUAAAAAUCAUAUAAGGAGAUCAUUCUUAGAACAUUCAGGAAUGUGGUUAUCAUAAGCAUUUCAAAGUUUAUAAAAACUAAAAAGUGUAGUGUAUGGACUUAAAUGAACUUGUGUGUUUUCUCACAGUUCUGAAGGUUAAAUGAUCAUUCUUCUCACAAAAUGUUUCUAGAGGUACAACAGGCAGUUUCUGUGCACAGGUUGUAUAACAUCUCAUGGAUAUUGCCUUUACUUUUGAAUAUGCUUUGAUCUUAUUGGGGUUGAUGUUGAUAGCUUGUUGUGGUUUAUCAACUUUAAACAGCAUGGAUGAUUCGCAGCAUUGAGUAUUCCCAACAUAUCGCUUAAGCAUCAGUUCCAUUUGCUCUAUGGUUGGUGUAUAUGGCUGUGGCUUCACAAAAGCAAUAUAGAAAAUCUACAUUUUACUGCUUAUCCCUCUAUUUUAUGCUGCAUGGUUCCCUCAAUUUUGAGAAGCUAUAGCCGCCAAGCUUGCUGUAGAUCAAAUGUGGCUGGCAUGAGUCUAGUAUAACACAUAUGUUGUAAUUGCUUAGAGGAUUAAAUGUGACAAACAUAUGCUCAGUAAAGAUUAAUGUUUAUCUAAUUGAAACUUCACA